AUGGUACGUAAGGCAAUCAGUGGUCGAACUGACAAAGGUAGUCUGGUGGACAUAUCUGUGGAAGAACAGAAGAAGGAGAUAGACAAGGCCAGACUGCAAUGCCACAAGGGUAUUGCGGACGAAGUGACUUCAACAGGUAACUAUUGCAAGGCAGCAUGGGAUGGGCUGAUGUGCUGGCCGGCGACCCAGGCAGGGGAGACGGCUGAGUUACAGUGUGCCUGGUAUGUGAACCAGUUCUUUCUUCACGCAAAGGCAACAAGACAAUGCAUGGACAACGGAGAGUGGUUCAUUCACUCCGAGAUAAACACCACAUGGACCAACUACACAAGCUGCAGGCAUGUGGAUGCCUCUACACCCGACGUGCCUCUUGUACCAGAGGAACACAUAGAACGAAUCAAACUGAUGUACAGUAUUGGCUACGGGGUGUCGCUGUUUGCUCUCGCCGUGGCUAUUUUUAUCAUGAUCUAUUUUCGACGACUUCAUUGUCCAAGAAACAUCAUCCACCUCAAUUUAUUUACAGCCUUUGUGCUGAGGGCUCUGCUGUCAUUCCUCAAGGACAGUUUACUGAUAGCACAUCUAGGGUUACCGGGGGAUGUCCUUGAAGACUCGCGAGGAAAUAUUAUAUUUGAUCCUGAAGGGACGCACUGGCAGUGUAAGCUUCUGUUUACCACAUUCCACUAUGUACAGCUGGCUAGCUCGGCCUGGGUCUUCAUGGAGGGACUCUACUUGUACAUUCUUGUGACUGUCACCAUAUUCUCGGAGCGAAGGUACAUCCGCUGGUGUACCAUUCUAGGAUGGGGCGGCCCAUUGUUCUUUCUUGUGCCUUGGAUAAUCAUGCGUGCCACUACAGAGGAUGUUCUAUGUUGGAACACGCAUCCGACUCAAGCUUUAUUUUGGAUUCUGAAAGGACCUCAAGUGGCAAUAGCCGUUGUAAAUUUUAUAUUUUUCCUCAACAUCAUUCGCGUGCUCUUUACAAAACUAGUACGAAGCGCACCGCCCAAAGCCAGGAAGUUUAGGUACAGACGUCUGGGGAAAUCCACCCUGGUUUUGAUUCCCAUGUUUGGAGUCCACUAUCUGGUGACCAUUGGCGUGCCGGAGAAAACCAAUCCAGUCAUGGAGACAAUCAAGCUUUACUUCGAAAUGUUCUUUAACUCGUUUCAGGGCCUACUGAUCGCCUGCCUGUUCUGUUUCAUGAAUGGAGAGGUGCAGACGGAAAUCAGGAAGAGGUACAUCCGCCACAAGCUGAGAGUCAACUCACGGAACUAUCAGAACAAGGAGCCGAACUCGUCCAGUGGGUCUGAGAAUAAUUCGUGCAUGAACAGACAGAAACUGAAGAUUUAUAUCCACCAGACUCGCUGUUACAGGUCUCCGAUAGAGGUCUCUGUGCCCAAUGACGUCAGACCCAUCAUUUACAUGUCCAAACGGAACAGUUUUGUCUAA